AGGUGGGUGGGGCUUAAUUAAAAUGGCUUCCGAUGAAGAGGAUGAUAUUCCAGAGCUGGUUCCUCUCUCCUUUCCUAAAGAUGACUCCUCUCAGCAAGAGAAGGAGAGAGAGCCUCAGACCAGUAGAAAUAAAGUACCAGUAACAAUAAUAACUGGAUUCCUAGGAGCUGGUAAAACCACAUUAUUGAACUAUAUACUAACAGAACAGCACAAGAAGAGGAUCGCAGUGAUACUCAAUGAGUUUGGGGAAGGAUCUGCUGUAGAGAAGUCAAUGGCAGUGGGUCAGUCUGGGGAACUUUAUGAAGAAUGGCUGGAACUGAGGAAUGGGUGCCUCUGCUGUUCAGUGAGAGAUGCAGGAGUAAAAGCAAUAGAGAAUCUGAUGGAGUAUAAAGGAAAGUUUGACUAUAUACUCCUGGAGACCACAGGACUGGCUGACCCUGGACCCAUUGCUAGUAUAUUCUGGUUGGAUGAUGGACUUGGAAGCAGUUUAAUACUUGAUGGAAUUGUUACUGUUGUUGAUGCAAAGUACAUUCAUAAACAAUUAGAUGAAGUGAAAGGUGACGGAUCAAUUAAUGAAGCAAUUAGACAGAUUGGUUUAGCUGAUGUUAUUAUUAUUAAUAAAUGUGAUUUAAUUAAUGAUGAUGAAAUAUCAACAGUGAUUCAAAGAAUCAGAUCUAUUAACUCUAUGGCUAAUUUUAUACAAACAAUUAGAUCAAAGGUUAAUCUUGAUGAUAUUUUAGAUAUCAAUUGUUAUACUACCAGUGAUAAGUCCAUUGGUAAAAUUGAAUUAUAUUCACAAUCAACAACUGAUCAGUAUCACAUUGAUAAAUCAGUAAAUACGGUUACUUUUGAAGUAAUUGGAUCAAUUAAUGAAAAUAAACUGGAGGAGUGGCUACAAGAGUUAUUGUGGGAGAAGUCAAUAAAGAAUAAAAAUGGAAAAGAAAUGAACAUAAUGAGAAUGAAAGGUUUAUUGUGUAUUGAGUCCAGUCCAGUUAAGGUUAUACUCCAGUGUGUUAAUGAGUUAUAUGAACUGAUACCAACCAGUGGAUGGGAGGAGAAUGAAGAACAAUUGAACAGACUAGUCUUUAUAGGAGUUAAUUUGGAUAAAGAAUCAUUACUAACAUCUUUUAAUACUUUUACAAAACUACAAUAAAUGUAACAAUAAUAUCAUUAAUAGAAUAAUAAUAAU